AUGAAUAAGCUGUUAAUGAUUUUGCUUAUAUGCCCUUCUUUGUCAUUAACAUUUACUACAAGUGUACACGCCAAUUAUAAUGAUAAGAAGACAAAUUUAGAAGCUUGUUAUUACAGUGCAUUAUACAACUAUGGCGAUUCAAAUUCAGACACAGGGGGAAUAGCAGCGGCGUUUUAUCCGCCGGCCUCACCUUCAGGUGUAACAUAUUUCGGUCUACCGGCGGGAAGAGCUUCAGAUGGUCGUCUAAUCAUAGACUUCAUAGCUGAUAGUGUGGGGAUACCAUACUUGAGUGCAUACCUGGAUUCAAUUGGAUCCAAUUACCAGCAAGGUGCAAAUUUUGCAACAGGAGGUGCAACCAUUGGGAAGCCUAACGAGACCUGGUUUGCCACUGGUGUCAGCCCCUUCCCUCUGGAAAUCCAAGUUGAGCAUUACACUCAACUUAAAGAUAGAGCACCUCAUCUAUACAAUCAAAGCAAGGACGAGUGCGUAAGAAAUAGACUACCAAAGUCUGAUUUGGAUUUGUCCAAGGCGCUUUUCACAUUGGACAUAGGUCAAAAUGAUGUCGCUUUUGGUAUUCGAACUUUAAGUUAUCAACUCCAAAAGGAAGCCAUACCUAGAAUCGUUGCUCAGUUUAUCUCACAAAUUGAAGUUUUAUAUGAAAGAGGAGGAAGAACAUUUUGGAUACACAACACGGGUCCAAUUGGGUGUUUGCCUGUGGCAAUUGCAAAGGUACAGAAGCCUGCGCCGCCAGGUUACCUUGAUGAAUUUAGGUGUGUGAAGACCCAAAACGACGUAGCUUUGCUAUUCAAUAAAGUAUUAAAGGAUGAAAUUGUAAAGUUGAGGGCAAAUCUUUCCAAUGCAUCCAUAGUCUAUGUUGAUGUGUAUGCUGCCAAGUAUGAACUAAUCACCACAGCCAAAAAUCAAGGAUUUGAAGACCCUUUCACCACAUGCUGCGGCUAUCAUGGGAUUGACUAUGAUGUUUAUUGUGGAAACACGGGAAAUGUAAACGGUACUCAAGUAUUUGCAGGUUCUUGUCCUAAUCCUUCUAAAGUUAUCAGCUGGGAUGGGGUGCACUAUAGUGAAGCUGCAAACAAAUGGAUUGCAGACCGAAUAGUUAGCGGGUCUUUAUCCGACCCACCAGUCGCAGUCUCGCGUGCCUGUCAUAAGCAAGCAAGUGCCAGUUGGUCUGUUGAUGACAUUGGCUGUCUCAAGGACCCAAACGAUGUUGUUCAGCAGUUGAGCAAAGUUCUCAAGGAUGAAAUUGUGAAGCACAGGACAAAUCUUUCUGAGGCAGCUACAGUCUACGUUGACAUGUAUGCUGCCAAGUAUCAACUAAUAGUAACAGCCAAUCGUCAA